AUGUUUCGCUCGUUUCUUCUUCUUCCUCCUCCUCCUCCUCCUCUUUCGAGUCUCCCCUCCUCUUCUUCAUUCAGCAUUGUUUCCUCUUUGAAGGUCCCUAAACCCUAAGAUCCAUCAAAACUAGGCGUAUGAUAAAACUUUCAGCUCACGUUAGCAGUCUCGGCGCACUCGUUCCCCUCUCCGUCUCUUCGCUUCUCUCCGCUCUUGUCAUUUUGUGCUCAGAGCUUGCAACCCUAAUUUCAAUGGAUUCAUGUGGUGACCCGAUCCUGAAAGAUUUCCUAUUAGGAUGAGGAAGCGAGAGGAGAAGACGCUGAAGGAGCUGUACGAUAUCACCGAGAAGAUUACGCAACCUUGAGGCAUAUAACACCAGUACUGAAAGGGAAUUGUCGAAUCCAAGGACCUGUGGAUGAGUCAGAUCAUGAGCUUCGCAGGACGAAUUCACAGGAGGAUUGUAGCAUACACAUUCUCAUGGUAUUAUUAGUUCUUUACCAAACUUAACAUCUAAGGGUGAUUUUUGGUUUUCCUCAAAUAGGCCUAUUACAUCUGAUUUGUGCAAUAGGAUAUCAGGAUUAGAAUGCCAUGGAGACAACAUAUCUAGUGUUAGCGGGAUUAAAGAUUCUAAUAUUGGGGCAGGUUAUUGUAAUAUGGAGUCGGCGCAGAAAAAUGCUGCUUGUCCCUCUGUAUCAGUUCAUGGUUUACUUUCAAGAGAAAUUGAAGAUACCGGUCAUUAUGAAGCCACAGGCUACUUGCGUGGCGGUGAAAAUGAGGAUGGCCUGAGUAACUGUGGGAGGAGAAUAACGUCCCCUGAAGAGUCAUUGCAGAAGUGUGCAUACUCUGCAGAUGCUUCCUUCUCCAGAAAGUCCAAUUUCACUGAGGAGAUAUCCAGACAUUCUUCUCCAAAAGUCCAAUCUCCAUGUUCCGCCUCUCAAGAUGACUAUGUCUCUUGCCACAAUGCUGAUUAUAAGGAUGUUGAUGGCGGUGCAAGUGGUCAACUCCAUAUUGAUGUUAAAUCUUUGUUAGGAAAAGUGGAGGUGGCUAGUAGUCUCAAUGUCCCAUCGUUUAAUCAUGAAAACAGUAAAUCAGGUUACGCUGGAAAUACCUUCUCUGCAGAUACAUUGAAGAUUACUGGCUUGGAAAAUGAAAAUGGCUUAGUUAAGAUAUCAUCUGAUGAGGUUAUGAAGUCAAGCAGCAAAGGCGAGGAAAUUGAAAUGCCUAGUAUUUUGGUGGAGGUAUCUAAUGUGCAAGAACCCCAGCAGGUCAUGAGCAGCGGGGAUUCAGAAUCAGAAGCUGAGUUGACAGAUGUAAAAGUCUGUGAUAUCUGUGGGGAUGCUGGUCGUGAGGAGCUUCUUGCUUUUUGUAGUAAAUGCAGUGAUGGCGCAGAACACACUUAUUGUAUGCGAGUGAUGUUGCGUAAACUUCCCGAAGGCAAUUGGUCAUGUGAGGAGUGCCAGAUGAAGGAGGAUGCUGAAAAGCAGAAGGUAGAUAGGCCUUACAAGGUAUCUGGAACAGCUAAAGAAUCUGACCUUAAGGAGAAUGGUGAAGUCAAGAAAGAGGAUGAAAAGGUAUUUGCAACAGCAAAGAAGUUGAAGCUUAAGGAGUAUGCUGAAAUUAGGAAGGGGGAUAAGUCUGAAGUGGUCCAGGGAAUAACAAAAGAAUGCAAGAAGGAUAGUGAAAAUAAAAAGGUUUAUACAUCUGAGGUUGCAUUUAGAACAUCAAAACUGACAUGUUUGACUGAAACCAGUCAGAAGCUUGCAAAUUCAUCAAAUUUGAAGCCUAAGUUGGAUAUGGAAGAUGUUGAUCGAGAUAUUAGGAGGUUGCGUAGAGGGUUGCAAAGUCCAAGAAUCUCAGCUAAAAGACAUUCAGAGAGUCAGGAAGUAAUCUCUUUAAAUAGCAAAAGCCCUCAAAAAACCAUUGAAUGCUUUGGGAUGGGAAGUCCUAGGAAAAACUCUGCUUUGUCGCGUGAGAAUUCAUUCAAAAACAUGGAGGGAGUAAUAGAAAAGGUAGCAACCCUUCCUGCAUUGAACAGAGGUCAGGCUGCAAGCGGUUCCAUCUAUUUUUCUCGUUCACAAUCUAUGGUGAGUUCUAAUUCGUCAAAGGUCCCAGCCCGGCGUGAGCCUCAUCAUGGAGUGCUAUCACGGUCUAGUUCUUUCGGUAACCUAAAUUCGAAGAAACCGAAAGUCAAACAGCUUACUGAUAGUAUCCCUGUUAAGCCAAAAAUCUCAAGAGGACCUUCUUUGAACAACACAAGGAAGGAGGCAUUAGCCAGAUCGAUGACUAAGUCUGCAUCAUUCAAAAACAUGAGCUCUGGUCAUUAUAAUACUGAGCCUGCAUGUAAAACACAGUUCAUUCAUCAGACACGAGUUGAAGACCCAAAAUCAUUGAAACAAUUGAAAGAAAGAAAAAUAAUUAAAAAGAAGAGAUCUUCUGUCCUGGACCGCUCCCCCACUGAUUUAUCGCCAAGGAUUCACACCAGCGUUCUUUCAAAGAUGGGUAUGAACACUCCACGUCACGAUUUAAAGGUGAAUGAUAUGUCUGAAUCAAAUAUACUUAGAAUGAAACAAGGUUCAGAUGACGCAAAUGCCUUAGGAGGGAAUGAAGCAAACCUGCUGUCAAAAUGUUCAUCUACGAUUCUUGGAACUGCAUGUUUGAACGCAAAAGUUAACGAGGAUCAAAGGCCAUGCUCACUGCCCAAGGAAGAUGCAUUUGGAAGCUCCAAUAGUUCUGAUAAAUUGUGUGAUAACGCUGAUAUAGUUGAACCUCAAGGUGCAUUACAUACUACUGAUUCAGUUCAUCAAGAUGAUAAACCCAAGGAUCUUAGUAUUUUCGGCAGUUCUAGACAUUCAGUUUCAGAUGGGAGUCAAAAUUUACACUGUCAAAAAUGUAAUGAAACAGGUCAUGCGACACAGUUUUGCUCAACCGAGAAGCCUCCAUCAUCAGCCUCUAAGCCUCCCAUAGAAAAGAAUUCAAAGGUUGGAAACAACACAUUGCCAACUAUUUCCAGAAGUAGGUUACAGAAAAUCCAUAGAAAGGGAGCUGAGUUAGAGGAUUCUCCUAUUUCCAUUGCCAAUCAAAGCUGUGAAGUAGCUUCUAAGGAUUUUCAUGCUAGUUCUCCAGAUCAGCCAAGAAAUAGCACUCCUUUGGCAGGUACAUCUGAUGCGGAAGAAGUCUUGAAAAGCUCAGUAUUUGAUCCCCUGAAAACAACACAUAUCGCUGAUGUGUCUCCACCAGUUGAAACAUCAUGCACUUCUGGAGCUUGUCAAACAAUUGAUUCUUCUUGCCCUCUUGAAGGAAAUGUAUCAAAUGCUACUGAUACUGUUUCAGAUGAGCUCCAUAUAAAGCGUUUGCUGCAUCAUUUGCCUGAUCAAGCUUCAGUACUUGCAAACCCUUUUAGAACUUUAGCAAUUCCAGAGCUUGAAUCCAUAUGGAAAGGGAGUCUUGAGGUUCUGAAAAAUGUAAAUGAAGCUGCAUCUUUUGAUGGGUUUCAGGCACAUCUAUCAACAUCUGCUUCAGCAAAAGUUCUUCAAGUAGCAACCAAGAUCCCGUGCAAAGUCCAGUUGGAGGAAGUUUCUUAUAUUAGUUCAUGGCCUUUGCAGUCUGUAGGAGUUAGUCCUACUGAGCAUAAUAUUGCUCUCUUUUUCUUUGCUAAAGACAUGGAUAGUUACGAAAGGAGUUAUAGCAAGCUGUUGGAAAAAAUGCUUAAAAAUGAUCUAGCCCUUAGAGGGAUACUUGAUGGUGUGGAACUACUUAUAUUCCCAUCAACUAAGCUGCCUUUGUAUUCUCAACGUUGGAAUAGGUUGUUUUUCCUUUGGGGUAUGUUUAAAAGGAGGAGGAAAAUUAGUUUGACAUCCAAGCUGAGUCCUCAGAAGAGACCUUCAAGAUCAGUUUUGAAUAUGGAUCCUGCCACUCAAUACCUACCCUGUGCUCUUAGCUCUUUAGUUUCCGAUUCUGAAAAAGUUGUUUCAGUUGAGAGUCCUGAAAAAUCAACCAAUUGUGGGAUAUCACCCAAGGCUGAGGCAUUGAGGUCCACUACAUUUGUCGAACGUGAUAGAAUGUGGAGAGAUCAGGAAUCUCCUCAUCUUCAUAAUUCUUCAUUUCAGCGUGCUGCUUAUAAUAGGCCAGCAUCGAAGAAAAAGCUAAACUCAUCUUCCGCUAGUUACGCAUUAACUAGCACAGACCAGCUUGCUGAUCCCCUCAGUAAUCAUCCUAAGUCAAGGUUUAAAGCAACCGACACCAGCUCAAAAGUGGGAAAUGAUGAGAACUAUGAGAGAAACUUUGGUUAUGAUUUUGAGGACAAACAUGUUGCAAGUCUGUCAGCUAAAUGUCCUAUAACUCAUGCGCCUGCAACUAAUGAACAGAUUGGACUUAGCAGUGCGUCACCCUUGUCCUUUACUCUUUUUGAUUGCAGAAAAGGAACAGAUAAGGCAAGCAGCGGAAGUGAGAGAGUAUCAGGAGAAGAAGAGGUCUUAACAAAGAAUGUAGCUGUUGUUUGUGAUGAGCUACAAGGGAAUCUGACAGGGAUAGGCCAUGUCAGCUUCGGGGAGAGGCCACAUAGGAAGCGUGCAUACUCAUCAACCACAAAUUCUCUCUCUCAGGCUCCUGGUUAUAUAACAAGCAAUGAUGAAACCACGCUUUCGAAACAUGAGGUAACCUAUUUACCAAUCAAUUUUCCACUAGAUGAUGAGAGAGAGCAGAAAAGGAUCUGUUAUAGUAAAGGACAUGGUGGCAGUAGCCUUAGAGAGGAAAUUUUAAGCAUGAGGUCGUUGUCUAAGGUACAUCCCUUGUUGCCUAGCUUGAAUGAUCAGCCAACAGAAUCUACGUAUGAAGACGUCAGCAAAGUGACUCCUGGCAACUUGAGAAAAGCAGAGAAGUUUUUCUUCCCAGCGGAAUCAAGUCCUGUACAAAAUACCAAACCAGACAACCUAAUACGUAUACUCUCUUCAGAUGAUGAAGAUUAUAAGGCAUCUAACAUCCCAAAUCUUGAAUUAGCUCUUGGAAGCAAGUGGAAAGCACGGGAACAACAACCAAAUGAGGCUGUAGAAGAUGAUGAUGAUAUUUCUGCAUCACUGUCUCUAUCCCUAGCAAUGCCUUCUCCAAAGGAGUCAUUAAAAUCCAUUCUCAGACCAGAGCAGCAUUUGCAUGAAAGGUCUGAUGUCAGCACGGCUAUGCUUCUGUUUACCGCCCUGUAGAAUUCACUAUAUUUUAUGACCUCAUAGAGUAGGCGAUAAGGGAAAAUAUCGGAGAGCCCUUUCCCAUAUGUUCAUAGCCUUUACUAAUGUAUGCCUUUUCCUCCUGUUGGCAGUAUUUCUGUCUUUUUGUUUAGUUGUCGCUUUCAGGGUAUAGAGUCACGGCUGUUUGUAUAUGUAAGAGAAGGUUGCUGCAUCUUAACUCCGUGCGGCACUCGCUGGUGCGUUUUUGUAAAUCUUCAUAGUUGCUUUUUCUUCGUUAGUUCAAUAUGUACUUCUUAAUGUAUAAAUACGUGUUUUUUCAUACUGAUUGUCUAAGUUUAGAUCGUUAGUAAUAACACUUGGGAUGUUUUGAGGUCAA